UGCAGCACGCCGCGGCGAAUCGCCGCCCGCCCCGCCGCCAUGGCGGCCUUCACCCGCCGCCGCCGUUUCGCGGGCGGCUUCGUCUGCGGGGCUGCGGCGGGCGCCGCUGCCUCGUGCUGGGCUACGUGGCGGUUCAUCCGCAGCCGGAGUCAGCCGGACACGGUCCCCGGGCGAGUCGGGCCGGAGGAACUGGUGGAAGAAUCUCUGCUGGAAAAAUAUGGAUUCCCUGAAGCUGGAACAGAGACCAGAUGUUACACAAAUCAUGCACUGUCUUAUGACCAGGCAAAACGAGUGCCUAGAUGGGUGAUAGAGCAUAUUUCAAAACAGAAGACACUGGGCAAUGCAGACCGAAGGCACUGUAAAUUCAGACCGGAUCCUAACAUCCCUCUAAUGUUUAGUGCUGUCAAUGAAGACUACCUUGGGAGUGGAUGGUCACGAGGACACAUGGCACCAGCGGGCGAUAACAAAUUUUCAACAAGAGCUAUGGCCGAAACAUUUUAUCUGUCGAACAUCGUGCCUCAGAAUUAUGAAAAUAAUGCUGGAUUUUGGAACAGAAUGGAAAUGUAUUGUCGGGAAUUGACUGAGAGAUUUGAGGAUGUUUGGGUAGUUUCUGGACCUCUGACCUUGCCUCAAACAAAUGAUGAUGGAAAGAAGAGUGUUACUUAUCAGGUAAUUGGGAAGGAUGAUGUAGCUGUGCCAUCCCACCUGUACAAGGUGGUCCUUGCCAGACGGAGCAGAACAUCUACAGAGCCCUUGGCCCUGGGGGCUUUUGUGGUGCCAAAUGAUCCCAUAGGCUUCAGUCACCAGCUGACUGAGUUCCAAGUAAAUAUUGAAGAUCUGGAAAAAAUGUCAGGCUUAGUUUUCUUCCCUCAGGUGGACAAAACCAAAGAUGUUAAAAAUAUCUGCGAGUUGGAUACCUGUAAACUGAUGGGCUUCGAGGAAUUUACGUUGUACAUCACAGCUCGAAAAGUGCAGAGUGCCCGUACAUUGCAUCGGUUGGAGAAAGCCAUGUCAGAGUUAAGGGAAGCAGGAAUUGAGCCUGAUGAAUAUCUUCUAAAGCUUCACAAGAAGAAGGAAGAAGAGCUACUGCAGGAAAAAGAAAUAGCAGCUAGAGAGGGGAAAGCUGGCUGAAUACUUGUUCGGGAAGAUUAUUUGGGGUUUUGUACUUUGAAAGGGGAGCUGAAGGCAAACACAAAGACAAGGGCUCUGGGUUGUUCUUUUUUGUAUUGUGAAAACAAUAAACAUUUGGAAGCUGA